GAAAGGAAUGACGUUUUGCAGAUGCAUCCAGUGGAUGUAGCAGGGCUCAGCAAAAUUACAUGGAGAGCAAAGCUGUCACUGAUGCCAAGAGUUUGGUGGACGAGCUAUAUCUGCAGUUGUGUACACAGACCAGCUUAUUGUCAUGUCUCCUUCUGGUAUCCCAAUAGAACAAAUGGUUCCACAAGAUAUGUGCGUUAUGUGGUCACAAGGGUUCGUGUUGUCAAGUUCUAGCCCCAAAUCCAAUUCGCAUCCCCCACAGCGCGCACCUGCAAAGUGUACUGAUUCUGCUUCUCUGUUUAUGAAGGUGGAUUAUCCAUCUGACUCUG